AUGUUUCUUUUAUCUUUUUCAAAUCAUGAAAAUAUUAUUCAAUUGAUUGGACUUGAAAAAGCUAACAAUGAUCGUGAUAUUUACCUAGUUUUUGAAUUCAUGGAGACUGAUUUACACAAUGUUAUCAAAAGAGGUAAUAUUUUGAAAGAUAUUCACAAAGUAUUUAUCAUGUAUCAACUAUUUAAAGCUACCAAAUAUAUUCACUCGGGUAAUGUUAUCCACAGAGAUUUAAAACCCUCAAAUAUUCUUCUUAAUGCUCAAUGCCAUUGUAAAAUAGCAGACUUUGGGCUGGCUAGAUCAGUCACGCAAAUCGGUGAAGGAGACGGAGAAACUGGUAGUGACCCUACUUUAACGGAUUAUGUUGCAACAAGAUGGUAUAGAGCACCAGAAAUAUUGAUAGCAUCGAAAAAAUAUACAAAGGGAAUAGAUAUGUGGUCUCUGGGUUGUAUUCUCGGUGAAAUGUUACUUGAAAAGCCACUUUUUCCCGGCUCUUCAACAAUUAAUCAAGUUGAGAGAAUAAUGGCAACUUUACCACCCCCUACACCAGAAGAUAUUAUUUCUGUAAGCGCUGGAUAUGGAUCAAAUUUAUUAGAAAAAGUUCCUAAUACAUCACGACGUACGUUACAGCAAUUAUUUAUUGAUGUACCAACAAAGGCACUUGAUUUAAUUGAAAAACUUAUUGUAUUUAAUCCAAAUAAUCGAUUAACUGCUGUUGAAGCGCUUGAACAUCCAUACGUUGCUGAUUUUCAUCAUCGGGCUAAUGAACCUGAGCGUGGUGCUAAUGUUAUACCUCCAUUGCGUGAUGACGUUCAAUUGAGGGUUGAAGAUUAUCGGAAUAAACUAUAUGCUAUGAUGGAUGAAAAACAUCGAAAACAUAAAAAUAUGAUAAAACAAAACUUUUUAACCAAGUGUAAACCUAAAGUCAGACGGAUUUCGGAGCAUAUUCGGAAAGAUACAGGACAAGGUGACGCUGUUGCUAAAAAAAAUCUUCAAUUUUCGAACAAUGAUGUACGAAAAGAGAGAGAAUUUAAUGAAUCUUUUAAACAAUCCUACAAUUUUGAAAGUAAAAAUAUAUCCCAGUACGCUCAUAACUUAAUAAAUGGAAAUUUAAAUCGUAAUGUACCCCCUAAUCAAACUAAAAGUUGUCAAUGUUUUCAUCACCAUCAUCAUCAACAGCAACAGCAACAGCAACAGCAACAACAACAACAACAACAACAACAACAACAACAACAACAACAAUCUAUAAAAUAUCAACCUUCUGUGCAAUCUGAUCAAAUGACAGCAUCUGGAGUUAACAAUAAAUUAAAUACAACAAUAUCUAUAAAUCACCCGAAAAAAUUAUUACGCCGUAGUGUGAAAUAUAAUGGAUUUAUUGAUAACAAUAGUUACAAAAAUAACAGCAACAAAUAUUCGGAAAUAAUAAAUGGUAACGUUAAAACAAGAUAUUCAUUGAUUAAACGAGAAAAUAAUGAGGAUAAUAGCCCAUCAGUAUUAAGUAGUUAUCAUUUUGUUAAUAAUUAUCUUGUUGGAACAACAAACAAUAUUACUAAACAUUUUGCUAUGGGAAAUGGAGAAAAUGGAACUAAUGUAAUCGAUAGAAAUUCAUCUCAAAGUCAAGUAAUACAAAAUUACUUGAAUCAAACAAUACCUUUUAGAGCAACAACAACAACAACAACAACAAAAGGUGCAAUAAACAAUCGGAUAAAGGGAGAAAGAAAAGUUAACAACAUUAUUAUUAAUAAUAAUAAUAACCGGUGUAAAAAUGAUACUACUGUUAAUCAAGUAAUAAGUGGAUAUAAAUUAACGCGCAGUCAAAUUAUUAAAAAUAAUCAUCUUAAACAUGGAAUUGUUAUUCAAAAACAAUCUAAUACUAAAAAUUUACGUUACAAUAAUAUAAACAACUAUAAUCAAAAUCACGGUGUUAUUACAGCUUCUGCGUACAGUGAUUUAUGUAACCGAUCUGCUGUUGGGUAA